AUGGCCGACCAACUCCUCCAGGCCAACGGCCAGAGCCGCCCUAGCAACGUCAAACACCACACUUCACCGUCUCUCAUGAUGAACUCGCAUUUUGCGGGCGUGGGCGACAAUGCCGACAAGCAGGCCUACGAGCAUGGCAUCCAGGUCAUUGACGAGGACAAGAUGUUCAACGGAAACCUGUCUUCAUACCUCAGUGUCGAAAAUGUCAUCCCCGCCGGCUUCAACUACCACCUCAUAUCCGUCUUUGGCUCGCAGUCAACGGGCAAGUCGACCCUUCUCAACCACCUCUUUGGCACCCAGUUUGGUGUCAUGUCGGAGCAGGAGCGUCGGCAAACUACAAAGGGAAUUUGGAUGAGCAAGAAUAAGCGUGAGGCAGGCGGCUCGGCCAUGGCAGAGAACAUCUUGGUCAUGGAUGUCGAGGGAACAGAUGGUAGAGAGCGAGGCGAGGACCAGGACUUUGAGCGGAAGAGCGCUCUCUUCGCCCUGGCCACAAGUGAAGUCCUCAUUGUCAACAUCUGGGAACACCAAGUUGGAUUGUACCAGGGUGCCAACAUGGGCCUGCUCAAGACUGUCUUUGAAGUCAACUUGCAGCUUUUUGUCAAAGAUGGCCAAUCGAGUCCAAGAUCACUCUUGUUCUUCGUCAUCCGCGAUCACAUCGGCGUCACGCCCCUCACGAACCUACAAAACACCCUGAUACAAGACUUGUCAAAGCUGUGGGCGACCAUAUCGAAACCUACCGGUCUCGAAGCCUCGCGGAUAGAGGACUACUUUGACUUCGCCUUUGUCGCACUACCACACAAAAUCCUUCAACCAGAAAAGUUUGAAGAAGCAGUCACAAAACUUAGCACACGGUUCAAGGAAGGAUAUAGUGACCCAAGGAAGAGCGGGCUCAUUGAUGAAACAACCGCACCCAUCUUCCUUCCUCAGUACCAUCGUCGGAUCCCUGCAGAUGGCUUUCCUGCGUACGCAGAGGGUGUCUGGGAUCAGAUCGUGAGCAAUAAAGACUUGGAUUUGCCAACUCAACAGGAACUCUUGGCCCAGUUUCGGUGCGAUGAGAUAUCCAGAGAAGUCCUCGUUGCCUUUGACGAACAGAUCACGCCCCUUGAAGACAAGCAAGCUGAGGCUGCUCGGGCAGGGUCAUUCUCGAUCAUCCCUGACCUUGGACCCAUCAUGAACACUGCACGAGCAAAGGUCCUCAAAGACUUCGACACCAAUGCAAGCCGAUACCAUAAGGGCGUCUACAAGCGAAAGCAGGCAGAGCUCGAGGCCAAGGUCGACACACGAUUGAAGGCUCUGUUCCAGAAGCAGCUCACAUCAGCCCACAAGUCUGGCGUGGAAAGCUUCAGCGAAGCCGUUAGCACAGCAGUGAAGAGCGGUCAGAAGAAGGGAGGAUCGUACGACUUUGCGCAGAUUGUUGACUCUGAAAAGAAGAAGGCUCUUGCCAAAUUCGAAGAGGACGCCAAGGCAAUGGCUAUCGAAGCGGCAAGCUGGAGCAGCUACGAGAAUGAGAUGAAGAUCUUCAACAAGGAGCUAGAAGAUGUCUCUAGUCGCCUCCGCAAAGAGGAGAUGAGGCGCCUGGCCACCAGAAUCGAGCGCUGGGUACGCUCACGUCUGGAUGAGUCCGUUGGUCUUGAAUUCAACAAGCUCGGAUCUGGCCGGGGUGGUUCUGGUGCGCCUGAGCAUGGCGAUCGACCUCCUACUGAGAAGGACCUUUGGGACCGGGUCUGGAAGAUCUUCAUCGAUACCGUCUCCAGCGCAGAGAAGCGGUUCACUGAUCGAGCGUCCAGCUUCGACGCUAGUCCUGAAGAGGUUGAGGUCGGUUUGUGGAGACUGCGACGCAAGUCUUGGGCUGUGCUUCGUGCCAAACUUGAUGAGGAAGUCAUGGAGGGCAACAUCCUGUUGAAGCUCAGGGAAAACUUCGAAGACAAGUUCCGCUACGACGACCUUGGUGUUCCUAGAAUAUGGAGACCCACAGAUGAUAUUGAGGGCAUUUACACCAAGGCUCGCGAGUCCACAAUCACUGUCAUUCCACUCCUCGCUCGCUUCAAGCUCGCAUCGACUUCGAAGCCUCCAUCGCUUGAUGAAUGGAUCGGCGAAGCACCAGCUUCAGUGACUCCAGCAGACGAGGACGACUUGACUCCCAUCGGCGGUGUAGACGAUGAAGAGGGCAAGAGUCUGGAGGAUGAGAUGACCAUUCUGUCUGACGCCAAGCAAGCUGAUCUGCUUGUCCGCUUCAAGAAGACCGCGGAUGGUGUAUACGUCGAGGCCAAGCGCAGUGCCAUUGGCGGUAUCACUCAAGUCCCACUUUACUUCUAUGGUCUUCUCCUUGCUCUCGGUUGGAACGAAAUAGUCACAGUUCUACGCAACCCAGUAUAUUUCAUCUUUCUCAUUCUUAUGGGUAUCGGUGCCUACGUUACCUACACGCUUAACCUAUGGGGCCCCAUGGCUCGCAUGGCCAACGCCGCCUCACAGCAGGGUCUUGAGGUUGGUAAGGAGAGGCUGCGUGCUUUCCUUGAGAGCUCAGAUACUGGUCGUCAAGCCAUGGCUAUGAGCAGUUCGAAUGAAACUCGAAGAUACGAGAAUGUCCGCAUGGACAGGUUGAACGGAGAUGGCAAGAAGAGCAGUGCCGAGGUUGAGGACUUGGACGAUAUCUGA